AUGACCGUGCCAUUGCUGUAUGACUACCUCCGUAACUACAAUGCCAUCAUCUGCUGGGCGUGCGAGGUGGCGGUCUCCGGCCGCCUGGCGCAGCGACAUCUUCGGAAUGUGGCAAGAUUAAAAAUCUCAAAAUAUUCUAGGUAUUAUCAAGUCAACGAGGGGGAUUACUGCCAGCUCAUUGCUCUCAACUUCACUAUCACCGUUUCACUAUUUGAAGCCAUCAACCCGCAAAUUAACGCGGGAUGCUCAAACCUCACCCCUGGGCUAUAUUACUGCGUUCUUCCAACAGCAGACUGGAACCAGACUACGACCACGACCACGUCAAGCUAUCAGACCGCACCGGCACCCACGCCCAGUGGGACUACCGCAAAUUGCUACGAGAUCGAAUCGGUGUAUGGGAUUACUAUGGCGCAGUUGCAGCAGUGGAAUCCCGAUCUCAAGGAUGACUGCUCGAACCUCCAGCUGGGUGAUGCCUACUGCAUACAUGGAGAUCCUGGCGGUACCACUCCUGGCAAGAUGGCUGUCCGAGUUGGACUCGCACUGCUCACCCUUCAAACUGACCAAGAUGGCCACAUUAGUGCCUUCCAACCCUCCUGGUCGCCUGACGGCCAAUGGCUCGUCUUCGGCGUCGGCUCCUGGUUCCAGGAUCGCGCACAGUACGGCGGAUGGCUGGCACGCACCAGCGCGAACGCCACUUACGCCGAACUGCUAACUAUUAGCAGUGCCGAUCUCACCAGCAACUCCACGGCAAUCAACUCCGGUUUCCCCAGUUUCUCGCACGACGGAAAGAAGCUCGGCCUGCGCAUCCUGGACCUCGAAACUCGCAAGGUUACCGUCCUCACCACCGGAUGGGACAACCUCCCCUUCUUCUCACCGGACGGCGAACGCAUCGUCUUCACCCGCAAGACGAGCGCAACCAACUACGACGUCUGCACGAUCCGGCCGGAUGGAAGCGAUCUGCGCGUGCUGACGAGCAGCGGCGCCAACGACGCUCAUGCGGUGUGGUCGCAUGAUGGAAGGAUCAUGUACUCUACCGGCAUGUAUGGAUUCCGGUAUGAGUGUGCCUUGUACGACAAUACAUUCCAGCCAUACGGCCAGAUCAUGAUCAUGGAUGCGGAUGGAAAGAAUAAGCGCAUGCUUACGGACUCGAUGUGGGAGGAUUCGAUGCCGCUGUUUGUGCCCAAUUUGGCUCUGCACCGGUAG